UUUGAACUGUUGCUAACGCUAAGUAGAUAAUGCAUUGAGACUCAUAUUUGAAUUGGCGGAAUUAUAUUCUCAAGACUUUUUCAGAGUUAAUCUGUUAGAAAUUAUGGCCUAUGGUAUACCUAGAUACCAUCAUACCAGGCCAUAGAGUCCAUAAACUCAAAAACGGGCACAAGUCACAAAUCACAAUUACUUAAUAAAAUGCAUGUGAGAGUAAGAUUUUUUGGAAAACCUGACACAAUUGUUGUUGUAGAAUCUAAACUAACGAAGAUAGAGCAAUUUCGACGUAUCAUAAAAGAAAAGUUUGGCGUUGAACCUAAAUCUCAACGUUUAUUCUAUGGAGGGAAAGUGCUUGAUAAUGGAUACACAUUCCAUGACUAUAAUAUCAAACUUAAUGAUGUUGUCCAAUUGAUGGUGAAAUGUCCAGAAGAAAAUAUACAAAAAGAAGAAACAAAAGAGGAACUCGAAUUUACUGUACCUAAAGAGUCUGAAGAAAAGAAAGUUGAAUACCAAGAUGUUACCAGUACAUUGUAUGAAGUUGGUGAUUUAGUUGAUGUACGAACCAAUGAUGAGGGUUCAUGGUUUGAGGCAAAAAUUUUAAGAAUAGUGCUAGACCCUAAUGUUUCAGACAUUCCCAAAGAUACAUGUGAAUAUGAUAAAAAUGAUGUUGAAAAUCAGCCUCCAGAAAACAGUUGUAAAAAGAAAGGAAUUGAAUUUUUUUUUGCCAAACAGAUGAAAGAUACAGAGUUUAAAACUAAUAUUAGCAAGCAAGAAGAGCAUUUACUAUUUAAAGUACAUUUUGAGGAGUUUGAGGAUGAUUCAGAUCAGUUUUAUAAGUUAAAAGAAAUUAGGCCACGAGCAAGAAAUACUAUUGAUAUCAAAGAUGUGAAACCUGGAUGCAUGGUAAUGAUUAACCACAACAUUAACAAAUCAUCAGAAAAGGGCUUUUGGUAUGAUUUUAAAGUGGUGGAAGUACAGAAAGUUAGAAGAGGUUAUGAACUAGUAGGAACACUAUAUCUUGGUCAAGAUGCGAUACCUCAAAAUGACACUAAAGUCCCUGUUCAUGAUAAAAUAUUUGCAAUAGAAGAGAUAGUUCCGCUAGCAAAACGAUCUGAGGAGUACAGAAAGUUGAUUUCAAACCCUCCUGAGCCAAGAUCGAAACCAUUAAGGUGCACAGCGUGUCGUGAUGAUGAGGAUGUCAAUUGCAAGGAAUGUGGCUGUUACAUCUGCUGUGGAAAGGAAUCACCUGAUGAGAUUAUUCUCUGCGACGAGUGUAACUAUGGUUACCAUAUGAAGUGCUUGGAUCCACCUCUUAAGGAAUUGCCCGAAGAAGACUGGUAUUGCCCUUCUUGUAAGAGGGAUACGAACGAAGUGGUUGCACCAGGUGCCGCAAAGCAAGUCAAAAAGAAUACCAAAAGUAACAGAGAUUGGGGCAGAGGCAUGGCAUGCGCUGGAAAAACAAGAACCUGUGCUAUGCCUGCUAAUCAUUUUGGUCCGAUUCCUGGUAUCGAAGUCGGAAUGUGUUGGAGAUUUAGAAUUCAGCUUUCAGAAUCUGGGGUACAUCGACCACCAGUGUCAGGUAUCCAUGGUCGCGAUGUUGAAGGUGCAUACAGUAUUGUUCUCGGAGGUGGAUAUGAGGAUGAUUAUGACAAUGGCUAUGAAUUUACAUACACUGGCAGCGGUGGUAGAGAUUUGUCAGGCAAUAAACGCACUGCAGAACAGUCGUGUGAUCAAACACUUACCAGGGAGAAUAAGGCGCUAGCACGCAACUGUGCAGUGAAAGUGAUAAGCGAAAGUGGAGGUGACGCGGGUGAAAACUGGAAACAAGGCAAGCCUGUCCGUGUGGUCAGGUCUUACAAGAUGAUGAAACAUUUUCCCAAAUAUGCGCCAAAGGAAGGCAUACGUUAUGACGGAAUUUACAAGGUUGUCAAAUAUUACCCGGAAAAAGGACUUUCAGGGUAUCAGGUGUGGAAAUAUUUGCUUCGUAGAGACGACCCUAAUCCCGCCCCUUGGGAAUCUGGCGCAAAUCAAUAUCCAAUUAUCUAUCCAGAUGGUUAUCUCGAAGCAGAAGCCGAAAAAAAGUUACUAAAGGAAAAAUCCAAAAAGUCAAAACCCAAGAAAAGAACCAAAGAAAAUGACUCGUCAGAUUCUGACUCUCCUCGACCGACUAAAAAACGUAAAGUUAAAGAAAAUGUUAAAACAAAAAGAACAUUAAAAGAAAAUAAUUGCCUUAAAGAAGAGGAAUGGGAAAUGAAAAAGACGAGGUCCUCUGACUCAAAGUCAAAAGAUGGCGACAUAAGUGCUUCCGUGCCAUCGAGUCCCAAAAUACCAGACAUAUUCAAGAAAGCUAGUUCCAAAACCAAAGAAAAUGCAACCGGACUAACUUCUGAGGAAUUGGCUGUCAUUAAAUCUGAUUCUUUGAAUACCAAAUUGUGGAGCGAAUGUGUUGACAUAUACAAGGAACAGGGAAAGAAGGAGUUUAUAGAACACGUAACUCAAGUAUUUUUGUGCAUCAUUUGUCAAGACGUGACUGUUUCCCCUGUUACAACACCAUGUCUACACAACUUUUGUAUGGCUUGUUUAAAGCUGGCUUUUAAAUCAACGGAUUGUCAGCAGUGUCCAUGCUGUAGGCAGAACUUGUCCAAAAUGGAACUAAGUCCAAACGAAAAUCUUAAAACAGCGCUUCGAACCAUUCUUGCCGGCUACGAUGCUGGUAAGAAAUAGUUUAAUUUUUCUUGCAGUGGAAUCUCUAUGCUAUUAUUUUUUAUUAUUUAACAUUUUCAAUAUUUUUUUUUAUGUUUGACAUUAAAUUUACUAUCUGCUUAAGUACGCGUUUUGCAUCAGAUAGCCUCCGUGGCUUUAUUACGAUAUUUACGAUAUUAUUGUUGAUUGAUAUUUCUGUUUGUAUAAGUAUUGUAUAGAGGUUUCACUGUGUGUUAUUUUUUUAACGAUGUUUUUUUAGUUUUAUAAUUUUUGAUGGUAUUACAAGUGUUAAGUAUUAAGUGAAGGCGUAUGAACUACCUCUACGAUCUGUGCUAUAUUUUAAGUAGACCUUUAAGCACAUACUUUGUUUAGCUGUAAUUUUAUAUAAUUUUGACGAUUCUUUAGUGUGAGUUGACAUUUAAUUGUGAAAGUUUUUAGUAACUUAAAAUUUAACCCUUUUGAACCAUUUCCGAUAAAAAUCGGUGUGCCUCGACUGAAAUAGUAUGGCUUUGGUUGCCAUAAAUACUUUAUGGAAAUAAACGACCUCACCUUGUUACAAUGUUUUGUCAACUCAUACAAAGGCACAAAACAAGAACACAUUUCCUUUUUCUUUUUCAAUUUAAUUAGUGAUUCGGAAAGCACAAAAUACUAUGAAAUAUUAUUCAAAUGUAUUUUUGUGAUGUGCUUUAUUUUAUUUCUGUUAUUCAAAAUUUUUUUGUGAAUAAGACGCCGGGAGUAACUGGUUUUCUGUUAUAUGUUUAGAACGAUGUAUCUUUGAUUAAAACGUUCAAAUCAAAAAUUGAUUGAUUGAACAAUGAUUUAUUGUGAUAUUCAUUCCGUAUUUGAUGAUGAUUAUGUAAGAUUUUGUUUUGAUUAUGUGUUCACAAUUCUUACAAUACUUCACAAUUAUAGUUUAAUUUGAU